UUUUCACGCUGUUUCGCAUUUUCUUGCUCGCUCCAGCUAGUCUGCUCCGUCUGCCCGCAGCAGCAGAUAGGCUAGGCCACUGCGGGAAAGAUGGCGACGACGGAUAAACAGAAACAUGAAGGAAGAGUGAAAAUCGGACAUUAUAUUCUUGGAGACACACUUGGAGUGGGGACGUUCGGGAAAGUUAAAGUGGGGCAGCAUGAGCUGACCAAACACCAGGUGGCUGUGAAGAUCCUUAACAGACAGAAGAUCCGCAGUCUAGAUGUGGUGGGGAAGAUACGUAGAGAGAUCCAAAACCUCAAGCUCUUCAGGCAUCCUCACAUAAUUAAGCUGUACCAGGUGAUCAGCACCCCAACAGACAUCUUCAUGGUGAUGGAGUACGUGUCCGGAGGAGAGCUCUUUGACUACAUCUGCAAAAACGGAAAGCUGGAUGAGAAGGAGAGCCGUCGUCUGUUCCAGCAGAUCAUCUCAGCAGUAGACUACUGCCACAGACACAUGGUGGUGCACAGGGACCUGAAACCUGAGAACGUCCUGCUGGACGCACAGAUGAACGCCAAGAUUGCUGACUUUGGUUUGUCAAACAUGAUGUCGGACGGAGAGUUUCUGAGGACAAGCUGUGGUUCUCCGAACUAUGCUGCCCCUGAAGUCAUCUCUGGAAGGUUAUAUGCAGGUCCUGAGGUGGACAUCUGGAGCAGUGGGGUGAUCCUAUAUGCCCUGCUGUGUGGGACAUUGCCCUUCGACGAUGACCACGUGCCAACGCUCUUCAAGAAAAUCUGUGACGGGAUCUUCUUCACGCCCCAGUACCUGAACCCCUCCGUCGCCGCCCUGCUCAAACAUAUGCUGCAGGUGGAUCCCAUGAAGAGGGCCACCAUCAAAGAGAUCCGAGAGGAUGAAUGGUUCAAAGAUGAGCUCCCCAAGUACCUGUUUCCAGAAGACCCAUGCUACAGCAACAACAUGAUCGACGACGAGGCCCUGAAGGAGGUGUGUGAGAAGUUUGAGUGCACCGAGGAGGAGAUCCUGACUUGCCUGUACAGCCGCAACCACCACGACCCCCUGGCUGUGGCCUACCAUCUCAUCAUCGACAACCGCCGCAUUAUGUCCGAGGCCAAGGACUUCUACCUGGCCUCAAGUCCCCCAGACUCAUUCCUGGACGACCAGCAUCUGACCGCCGCGGCCGGCCUUAAGCCCCACCCGGAGCGUAUGCAGCCCUUCCUGGCGGGGGAGACCCCUCCCCGGCCGAGACACACGCUGGACGAGCUGAACCCCCUGAAGUCGAAGCACCAGGGGGUGAGGCGGGCCAAGUGGCACCUGGGGAUCAGGAGCCAGAGCAGGCCAAAUGAUAUUAUGUCUGAGGUGUGCCGUGCCAUGAAGCAGCUCGACUACGAGUGGAAGGUGGUGAACCCGUACUACCUGCGUGUGAAGAGGAAGAACCCAGUUACGGGCAUGCAGACCAAGAUGAGCCUUCAGCUCUACCAGGUGGACGGCAGGACCUACCUCCUGGACUUCCGUAGCAUAGACAAUGACAUGUUGGAGGCUAAAUCUGGGACUGCCACUCCUCACCAGUCUGAUUCAGUGGGGAACUACCGCACGGCCCUUAAGAACGAAGCUGCAGCUGCUGCAGAGGGUGGGUCCCAAACUGAGGGGGCUAAGGAGUACGCUACCCCUGCCACAUCUCUCCCUCCCACUAAGGCCUCAGAGAGCUCCCUGGCCUCCUCGCUCACCACCUCCGUUGACUCGACAGGAGGUGACCUCGCACCCAUGACUGCGGUUCCGCGGCCCGGCAGCCACACCAUAGAGUUCUUUGAGAUGUGCGCCAAUCUCAUCAAACUACUUGCACGAUAGCUUGCAAUCAAAUAAAACAACGUUAGCCUUUUUUCCUCUGAGUGUCUUUAUAAGCAAUAAGCAUGCAACCGAUUUCAUGGCUCGAUUCAUCCCUACCGCAGGCGGGUGAGACUGCUAGGGUUGUUCCAAGGCACUGAUGAUGCAGGUUCAGUUCGCAACCCUCCUGACUGACUUGGGAGUUGUCAGAGCACGGGUGGGCUUUAGGAAAAGGUGAACGACAAUGACCAAGCAACUUCAUUAUAAUCAUGAUGACAGAAUACUAUUUUAGAGGUGGUUUUACAUUUUCAUGAUCAUUAUUAUUGGCCUAUGACUAUUUUCCCCCCUAUUUGAUCACGUUCCAAACAGCGUGUGUGUGCUAAGUGAGUGAUGCACAGAAUUUGCUGUACUGUGCUCAGUGGGCGUUGCUGUGCUUUUUUUCAGUAGAGAAAAUAAACGCACGUUUCUGCGUGCGGAAAGGAGAGCUGUAAGGUUUGGGGGGUGCACUUAGGGUGGCUGAGGGGAACGAGGCACUUUUGCACAGUUCCGCUGUUCUGUCUGUUUCUCUAUAGUAGAUGUCUGAGAUGCCUGUGCAAAUUCGGGACACUGCACUACAGGCCUUUCAGGGGUAGCUGCACUGACCAUAACAUGGGUUGUCAUGCCAACAAUGUCCGUUUGACUCACUGAGGAAGUGCAAUUACCCUCUCGAUCGCGUCAGGCGAAAAAGGGAGUUACUACUUCUUCAGAAUUAUUAUUAUUUUUUUAGAAAUUGAAUUGUUAAGACUAGAUUUCAAUGUUUGUCUGUUUGGAUUGGUCUGUCCCCUACAUAAUAUAAAAAAUAUAUAUAUGCAUUUUGAUUUGAGUGCUUUAAAUGGGAAUUGUAGAUUUAUAUUGAGAAAUUAUUACUGACUGAAAGGUUCGUUUUUUUUUCGUUACGAUGCCAUUUUAUUCCUUUACAGCUUUUUAAAAUUAUCAAUUUUAUUUUUUAAUCAUUUCUAUGCACAUGAUUGUUUACCCUCACACUCUCAAAAUGAGACCCACUGUCCUAUAAUGAAUUCAAAAGUUAAUUUUGUUAGAUUUGUAAAAUUAUCUUGAGGUUAGGGGCUACAUGUGUUCAUAAAUCUGAAUGCGUGUUGACUGAGUGACAUGCAUUUUAGCAGGAUUGAACUAAUUUUGUACACACAUGUCCAUUGAAAGAUCGGGGGCAUUUGUAAGUGGUGAUUUGCAGCAAGUACAUGCAGUGCACGGACAAUGUGUAUUGAUAAAGGAAACAAAUCAAUAUUUUUCUGGUUUCAAAAUUCUAUUUCACUUUUCUUGUCCCACAUUCCCCACAAGAAGCUACAUUUGAAUUUAAGUUUACAUAUUUUCCCAAACCUUAAAUUUGUCAUGUGCAUCUGGAGAAAGUUUUUUUUUUCUGUCAUUCUGUUAGCUGCCUUAUCAAUACUGUUGAUCAGUUGUAUAUCAGUGAGUAUAAAAGAGACAUCUACUUCUAUCCUCUUGCGUGGGGCUGGUUUUGGUCUGAAGAAAUCUUGCGUAUGGAUUAUGUGACUGCAAGGUCUCCUUUUUAGACCAAAUACUCAUUGAAAUAUUUAUAGGACUACAAACAAACUUGUUAGUUUUCAAGGAUGCGUAAGUUCUGAUUCCAAGUAGUGCAUAAGGUGAAUUGUGGGGUUGUUUUGAAAAAGUGUGUGAGGCCAUGAUCGGCUUAUGUGAGUUGCACAUUGGGUGAGUAGUUUUUCUCUUAAGUGGGAGUGUUAAGUUCUGACUAUUUGCAGGAUCAAUAUCAAUCAUUGUAUCUGUCUUAACUGCUUUAAACCUUGUUUUAUUUGUUGUGUUAAGGGACCCUACUACUAGAAUGACCAAUGUAAAUGUCAAAUGGACAGUGUUUAAAUCAUUUGUAUAAAUAACUGCCUAAUAAAACAGAUCAAUUGCA